UUCCGGUGGCUCCUUUUCUCUCUCCUCAGUGGCUCAGCAGAGAUUUAGCAGCUCGUCUGGAGAAAGGAAUGAAUCUGAUGAUUGUGAUGAUGACGGUGUUGUCUUCCAGGACUGAGCCGAAUGCGCGUGGUAGGGAGGACCGAAGCGCGUAACCAAGGCGGAGCCGUGCCUGUGUGUGCGCGCCCCCGCCCCGUGCGCUCCCUGAUUAAGGCUUUAUUGCAGCAGUAGUGUUAAUGACCGUUCUCGCUCCUCUGGACCUGCGUCGUGUGUGUGUGUGUGUGUGUGUGUGUGUGUGUGUGUGUGUGUGUGUGUGUGUGUGUGUGUGUGUGUGAGACAGAGAGCGUGUGAGUGUGUGUUAAUGACUGCUGUCACUCCUCUGGACCAUUGUAGUGUGUGUGUGAGUGUUUGUGUGUGGAUUUAAUCUGCCAGCCAGUGAGGAUGAGUGAGGAGGCGAGUAGUGUGCCGAGAGAGCUGCUGGAGAGCGUUCAGGAUGCAGUGGGCAGGAAAAUCAAACUGGGCUUUAAGAAGAAAGUCAAACUGGAGGUCAAAGGUGAUAAAGUGGAGAACAGAGUGCUGGCUCUGGCAUCACAUCGUGGCUAUCUCCUCACUGCACGAAUUCCUGCCAAGGUAGAACAGACGUUCAGCUUUUUGGAGAUUCAGGGGAUCACAUGUUCCAAACCCACACAGUGUGUGUUGGAGUAUGAGAGAGGUCAGAUCUCCCUCAGACUGGUGUCCAUGGAGGAGGUGAACGAGAUGGUGUGUCACAUCGGUGUGUGUGUGCAGAAGAUCUGUCCUUCUCUGUCUCCUGUUAAGGUGAUGAAGAAGUUGUCCAUGGAACCUCCAGAGAGAAUCACAGCUCUGCAGAGUGUCUGGGAGACUCAGGGUUCAGGAGAAUUCGGACCCUGCGGUGGAUUCUCUCAGCAGUACAGGUGUGUGUGUGACUGGCUCGGCUUACCUUACAGAGAAGAGGUUCAGUGGGACGUGGAUACCAUUUAUCUGACACAGGACACACGUGAGCUGAACCUGCAGGACUUCAGUCACCUGGAGAACAGGGAUUUGGUAGCAAUAAUCGCCGUUCUGGAGUUUAACCAGUGGUUCACCAAACUGACUACAAAGGACUAUAAACUGUCUGCAGAUGUGUGUGAUCAGAUUUUGAGAGUUGUUGCGCGUUCCAGUCAUCUGGAGGAGCUCGUCCUGGACAACGCAGGACUCAAAACGGAUUUUGCACAGAAGCUGGCAAACGCUCUCUCGCAAAACUCCAGCUCAGGACUGCACUCCCUGAACCUCUCUAACAAUCCUCUGGAGGACAGAGGAGUUGCUUUUUUAGGCGCUCAGUUUGCUAAACUACGUAAAGGCCUCAAACACCUCAACCUCUCCAGAACCUCGUUGUCACCCAAAGGGGUGAACAGCCUGGCCCAGUCGCUGAGUUCUAACCAGUCCAUGCCCAACACACUCAGCUACCUGGACCUCUCAGGGAACCUCCUGCGUGGAGAUGAUCUCUCGCAUUUUUAUCACUUCCUGGGGCAGCCGAACAGCCUGAGUAUGCUGGACCUGUCCAACACCGACUGCUCGCUCGACACGCUUUGCUCUGCUCUCCUGAAAGGAUCUCUGCAGCAUCUCUCUGUUCUCAAUGUGUCCAAGAGCGUCUUCGCUCACAGGAAAGGUAAAGAUAUUUCUCCUGCAUUUAAGCAGUUCUUCAGCAGUGCCGUCGCUCUCAACACCAUCAACGUCUCCGGAACCAAACUUCCACCUGAGGCUUUAAAAGCGCUCCUCCUGGGCCUGGCCUGUAACCCCAGCCUGAAGGAGGUGUCUCUGGACCUCAGCUGCUGUGAGCUCCGCUCUGGAGGCUCACAGAUCCUGGAAGGCUGUAUCGCUGAGAUCCCCAACAUCUCCAGCCUGGAUAUUUCUGAUAACGGUCUGGACUCGGACAUGGGCACGCUGCUGGUGUGGCUCGCCAAGAAUCGCUCCAUCAGACACCUGUCUCUUGGCAAGAACUUCACCAACAUCAAAUCAAAAAAUCUGGCCCCGGUCCUCGACAACCUCGUUCACUUGAUCCAGGAGGAAGAAUCACCUCUGGCGUCUCUGUCUCUGGCCGACUCGAAGCUGAAGGCAGAUCUGAGUAUGGUUCUGAACGCGCUGGGCAGUAACAGCUCUCUGACUCGAGUGGAUAUCAGUGGGAAUGGGAUGGGGGACCUCGGGGCCAAGAUGCUGGCUAAAGCCCUGCAGAUUAACAGCAAGCUCAGGACCAUCAUCUGGGACAGGAACAACAUCAGUCCUCAGGGUCUACAGGACGUGGCUGCGGCACUGGAGAAAAACUUCACCAUCCGUUUCAUGCCCAUCCCCAUCAUCGACGCGUCUCAGGCACUGAAGGCGAGUCCAGAGAAAACCGAGGACGCACUGAUGCGGAUGGAGAACUAUCUCUUCAGGAACCAUGAAACUCGUAAAUAUGUUCAGGAGCAGGCGUACCGUCUUCAGCAGGGCAUUGUGACCACCACCACACAGCAGAUGAUCGACCGGAUCUGUGUGAAGGUCCAGGACCACCUAAACUCUCUGAAGAACUCCGAGCAGGAUGCCAUAUUGGAAGACGUCAGAACGGCAGAGAACCUGAUCAAGGACGCGAGGAACUCGAAAACGCUCCUCCCCAACCUGUACCAUCUUGGUGCUGCAUCCCGGAAAGAGCUGAACGGUUCCUCUGUCGGUCCAAUCCAGGAGAAACUGGACUCCAUGGCUGGAGAAGUGGCACAGGUUAUGGACGAGCAGCUCCAGAGUCUUUUGGAAUCGAUGGUGGACACAGCGGAGAGUCUCUGUCCUCAUGUGAUGCGGAAACCCAACCUGCGUCAUGAGCUGAUCAAAGCAGGGACAGGGAAGAUGACGGUACCACGAAGCUUCGUCAAGAACACGCUGCUUGAGCAGUCUGGCAUUGACAUCAUCAACAAGAUCAGUGAAGUAAAGCUGAGUCUGGCUUCAUUCCUCUCCGAUCGGAUCGUUGAUGAAAUUUUGGAAGCUCUGUCCGGUUCUCAGAAUGCGUUGGCAGAGCACCUGGUGAGAAAAGGGCGUCCCUUAGUGCAACAGGAGUCCAUGGAAUUGGACGUAUCCGAGCUCAGGACCUCCAAACGGAGCACCAUGGAGCUGGAGGCUGAGAGGCUGGAUGACCUGGAGGCCUGCAUGAUGACUCCAAAGUCGAAAAGAAAGAGUAUCCACAGCCGGAUGCUGAGGCCUGUCUCCAGAGCAUUUGAGAUGGAAUUUGACCUGGACAAAGCUCUGGAGGAUGUCCCCAUCCAUAUUGAAGACCCUUCACCUCCAGCCAAACUGAACAAAAAGCCAUCAGGAGUCGUGGGAGAGCUGCCGUCUGAGGAAGCCAAGAAACUCCAACAUUACACCAAAUUACGGCCCAAGAGGAACAAGAAGACCCAGUCAAGCAGGGUUCCUCAGCUCAGCAGGAUGCCAUCUCAGGAAGGAGAGCAGAACGGCCUAAUGGGAAGGGUGGACGAGGGUGUGGACGAGUUCUUCACCAAGAAAGUCACCAAGAUAGACAAGAAGCAGUCCUUAAAGGCCUCAGACUCUCAGGAUACUGAAAAGAAGCGUGAUUUGCGCAAAGGGGGCUUUCUGAACCUCAUCAAGUCCCGCUCGGGCAAAGACAAGGACAAGGACAAGGAGAAAGACAAGGAGAAAGACAAGGAGAAGGAGAAGGACAAGGAGAAGGAUCGAGGUCAGGAGAAGGAGAAGGCUUCCACUUCAGCCCCACCUCUGUCUCCAGUCCCCCAGGCUGCAGAGGAACCCUUGUCUCCUAAGGCCAAGCCUCAGUCGUUACGUUCGGAGCGAAGCAGCAGUUCCGAGCGCUCUGAGGAACUGAAGACUCCCGACUAUGGAGUCCAGGUGAUGGGCUCCGGCCUGCUCGCCGAGAUGAAGGCCAAGCAGGAGAAGAGAGCCAAGAUCUCGGACUCCUCAUCGAGUCCAGAGAAGCCAGACGGACCUCCAUCAGGUCAGGGUAAGGUGGAGGUCAGCAGCACUGUGAUGGCCCCUGAACGAACUCCUCGGGUCGGGGGUGAUUUUAAACCCGAGACAGCACCGAGGACCCGAGGGUCAGGCCCGAACCCGACGAGCCCGAAACCUCCUCCUCCUCAGAGUACUAAACCGAGCCCAGGCCCUCGACCGGCUCUCCCACAGAAACCCCGCAGCAGCAGCACACGCAGCAUCGACGAGGGCUCCGAGGCUCCUGCAGGAGGUCCGAAGGCUUCAUCUACGCUCCGGAAAGUACCCUGGGAAAAGGAUGGGUCCUCGAACCCUCCACAGAGCAGCUCAGGCUCCAAGAACUCCACUCAGGAAGUGGACAUGACAGGAGGAGGCAUUAGCGUAUUUAAAGUCGAGUCUGAGCUGGAGAAAGCAGCAGUACUGCACCAGGAGGAGGCGGAGUGCGAGGGAGAGCGAAGGACGUCCCCCUCCAGACCUGCGAGAACAACCUCGAGCACGAACCAGCAGAGUUCAGAUGAGAACGGGUCAAAGGUCAAGGACAAAUCGGCAGAGAAGGACAAGGACUCGAGUCAGAGCAGCAGAUCGGCAGAUUCAGGAGAGGAAGCAGAUAAAGAUUUUAUUUUUAUAUAGAAUGAGAGAGAGAGAGGGAGAGAGGGACCACAUCACUCGGUGUUUCCAUCCGUUUCAGGAAUCAAGACUGUUAAAAGUACUGAUGCAUUCCGCAGCACUCUCAGAGAUGUACGUGUGUGUGUGAGAGAGAGAGAGAGAGAGAGAGAGAGAGAGAGAGAGAGAUAAUGCACUCUCAUUCAAUUCUUCCGUAGCGUCUGAUCCGGUGUCUGAUCACCGGGACAGUAGAGGUUUCGCCGUAUGACGUGUCCUGUGUUAAUAUCCUCUUCGCUCGAACUCUCAUUAGGGCUGAAACACUGUUAAAGCAUUUAACGAUGUCUCGUUUGUGUACCGACACUAAGGGGCACUUUGCUAUCUGCCCUCGUGCCUUAGAGCUCCACUAUACUGUGAUCAGACUGCGCAGGACACUGACGGCAUCUCCGAUAACUUGUGCAUGUCUGAUUAUCCUUUAAACAGAACAAAAAUAACACAAAGAUUUCUCUGUAUUGUGUGUGUGUGUGUGUGUGUGUCAGGACUUUCAUCCAUUUCUAGUCUGUUUAAGAGGAACAGAUCGGACUCCUCGUGUGAGAUCCGAUUUCACACGCCUGAUUUUGUCCUGGAUCGUAUACUUACUGUCAGAUUUUGGAUGUGACUCACGAUCAGACGCUUCCUAAAUUAUUCAUGUGAAUUAGUGAUCUGACUUACCAACUCUUUAGGCAUGAGAUCAGAUUUUUGCAGUUCUAGGAUCUGGGAUCAGAUUUAUCCCAAUAAUCCAGCGUAAUUGGUUCUAAAAUUAGAUUUUCUCUGGUUAACUGUGGCCUGGCAUCAGACCCAUCCAUUUCAAAGUCUAAUCUGAGAUUAGACUCCUCAGUCUCCUGUUGAAGGUCAUUCGGGUUCAGAUUUAUUCUUGGUUUUUGAUCUAAGAUCAGACCAGUUUCUAAUCCAUCUAGGAUCAGAUCAUAUUUAUUAUCAUGUGAGAUUAGAUCCCUUGUGAUUUUAUUUUAUUAUUAUUAUUAUUAUUAUUAUUUUUUUUUUUUUUUAAGAAAUGGAUGAAUGAGGAGCAGAUUGGAUGUAUUUUUAGAGAUUUAGUAUCAGAUAUUUUCUGAGAUAAUACUUCUCUAUUUAAUCCUCCAGAAUCUAAGUUUAGAUCAGAUUGCCCUGGUUUAUAGUGAUGUGAUCAGACACCUUCUGUAUUUAUAAUCAUGUCUCAGAUCAGACUUGUGUCUUUAUGCUAAAAAUCAGAUUCUUCUCCCAGACCGGAGGUGUCAAGUAUCAUAUGAUCUGAGAUCAAACUUUUACACUCUGAUUUCUUGUUUGAUUAUGCUACUCAAAGAGCAUGUGCAGGCAGUGUAAAAAUCCGAUUCAGGAUCAGACUCGCCUGAGUCGAAACUUUUGUGUGAGAGAGUGUGAGUGUGUGUCGAGAUCCGAUGAGUCUGAUUUAGCAAAUAAGAACAGAUUUUAUUUCCUCUUGUGUUUAAUUCAACGAACAAGGAGUCAAAUUGUGAACAAAUAUAAACAAAAGCAACUCCAGGUUGAUGAGCAGUGAUGAAAACAAAAUUUGAAAGAUUUAUUUAUUUAAUCAUUUUAAUUUGCCUUUUCAGAUUUUCAUAAAUACACACCAUGUUUGUUUUUAUUUAUUUUAGUUUAAAUGGGGCAAGAAAACUGAACUGGGAUCAGCUAUGGUAAAUUUAAGAAUUAUUUUUUGAAUUCUAAAAAAUUCUGGUACAAGUUCAAAUAAAAACCUUCAUCACUUUUUGAAUUUUUUUUUUUUUUUUUUUUUUUUUUUAAACUAUAAAAGUUUGUGAUUUGCAAAUUACAUUGCACUUUUUUAUACGCCAUUUAAGGAAAGGGGGUGGAGCUUAGAGCAGAUGAUUGACAGUUCAUACUUGGUGAGGUUUUAUCUGUACUUCUGUCUCAUUAAUAAAACUGCACUCUGAGGUAUGGGUUCUGAUGUAAUUAAUGAGUUUGUUUGUGAACACUGACACACCUGUGGAGGGCGGAGUUUAUGUUAAUGAGGUACUGAGUACGUUCAGAUACCAGGAAGAGGCUGGUGUCCCCUUUUUCAUUUUAUUUUACUUUUUCGCCUCGUCCACAGCUCUUCCACUGCACAUGUACAUUUUGUUGAUAUGAACAAUUUAUAUUAAUGUGAUUGUAUAAUGAUUUAAUGUUAUUAUUUUCUUUGAGGUUAAAGGAAGAGGAUUAAUGUAUGUAUGCAGAUCAGUGUUAAUAUAUAAUGUGAUCUUUUGUUUAAAAGUGUGUAUGUUAGUAUUUUGGCCUGGUUUGAACUCUUAACACAUUUCACUCGUGCACUCUGUAGUUUGUGGACGUUUCUUUUAUUUCGAACACGUUUCUAUCAAUCAGAUUAAAGGUGAUUUUACACA